CGCAGCCCGGCUCGGCUCGGCGCAGCCCGGCACCGCCCGCCGAGCCCCCCGCCUGCCUCCCGCCCACCCCCGCACCGCCAUGGACGGGGGCGCCUUCGGAGCGGGGAAAGCCGGCGGCGCCUUCGACCCGCAGGCCUUCAUCCGGCAGCCGCAGACCCUGCUGCGGUUCGUCUCCUGGAUAUUCUCCAUUGUGGUGUUUGGCUCCAUUGUCAAUGAAGGGUACGUGAACCGCCUGGACGAGUCAGAAGAGCACUGCAUUUUCAACCGCAAUCACAAUGCCUGCAACUAUGGCAUUACCGUGGGUGUCCUCGCCUUCCUCAGCUGCCUUCUUUACCUGGCUCUGGAUGCCUACUUCCCGCAGAUCAGCAGCGUCAAGGACCGCAAGAAGGCAGUGCUCUCAGACAUCGGAGUCUCGGCCUUUUGGGCAUUCCUCUGGUUCGUUGGCUUCUGCUUUCUAACCAACCAGUGGCAAGCUUCAAAAGAAGAGGACAACCCACUGAAUGAGGGAGGGGAUGCAGCCCGAGCAGCCAUCACGUUCUCGUUCUUCUCCAUCUUCACCUGGGUGGGCCAGGCAUUCCUGGCAUAUCAGCGUUUCCAGCUGGGUGCCGAUUCGGCCCUCUUCUCCCAGGACUACAUGGACCCAAGCCAGGACUCCGGCAUGCCUUAUGCUCCCUACACGAACGAGGAGGAUGCUACAGAUGCGGUGGGGACAUACCAGCAGCCCCCUCCAGCAGAUGCUUUUGACACCGAGACACAGGGGUACCAAACACAGAACUACUGAGCCACCGAUGCCCCUUUCCCUUCUCCUUUCCCUUCUGCCCCCUUUCCCACUGCCGGCAGAAAGCCGAGGCACAAACCAGACACGUGCAUAGUGGUACUAGAGAUGGCUCUCAGCUAUGCUCCAGCCUUCUGGGUCAUCUGUUUUUAUUUAUUGUUUUUAAAAAAGGAAAAAAAAAAAAGAAAAAAAGGUUUCCUCAUCACCUUUUCCUUCUCUUCUCCCCUCAAGCUACCUGCCAGAACCAAAUUUUCCCAAAAUCUGCAUUGUGACAGGAAAGUCCCCCCUUUCCUCCUCUCCCUCCUGCCUUGCUGCAGAUGGCAUAGUGUGUCUGGUGGGCAGGAGAGUGGCUAUGGUACCAGCAGGGUAGGGGAGAGGGUGUUGAAGGCAGAAGGGAAGAAAUCAGAGGGACUGUGGACCUUCCUAGAAGAGAUGGGGUCGCUAAAGGCUGGAGUAGAUGUGGGAGCAUCCAAAUUGGUCUGGAGCACCUGGUGGCUCAGGGAGGGGAGUGGUGUUGGAGUCAGCAUACACAAGUGUGAGGAUGGGGCCUGGAGGGCAGCAGGAACAGUAAAGAUGGGGGCUUUUCUCUGCCACAUGCUAGUGAGUGAAGGGUGCUUUAUUUUUAGACGGUUUGGGAAGAAGUGAUAUUGGAGCGGGGGAGCACAAAGAGAAAAAAUGGGAAGGGAAAGAGGAAGAUCUGCAGGUACAAUCAGGAAUCACAGGCAUGUCUGUAGGUUACAGCAAGAGACUGAGCAGAGCAGAGGGGCAGUGCCAUGAGAUCCAGCCCCCCGGGAUUGAGAUGGAGAUAGUUCCCCUCAGCUGUGCAUCCUGCUCACUGCUCUUCUCAGUCUAGUGUUUGAUGAGGCAAGAGGGGAGCCAUGCCAGUCCCUGGGCCCAGAUACAGUGCCCCGGGAGGAAGGAUGGAGGACGUGGGCUUCUGGGCACCCUGAGAGUCCUUGACCCCAGCUGGGUUGGUUCAAGGGGGAGAGGGGAGCUUUGUCCUUUCAUCCUGGGCAGGAGGAGGAGGAGAAAGACAGUUUUGCUCCUCAGGUCCUUACCUUCCUCUUUACCUCUGCUACAACAUUGCAAAGCCUCUUGGUGAUGCCAUCUUUGUAGCACACAGGAAUGGAGCAGGACACUACUUGGAAAGAAAUGCUGCUGCUGGGAUGGCCAGCAUGCAUCUGGCUCUUGCACAGGGGUGCAACCAAGUGGGGAAGGAUGCUGCCCUGCACAGCCGCACUUUGUCUCCCACUCAGAUGGGGAGGAGGUCUUGGUGUGCAGAGAAUUGGGUGGGGCUAGACUGAGCUCUCUGAGGACUGGUCUUUCUGUACUUGCCACAGACCAUACCUUAGUGCUCUUCUGCAGCAUCUCAGAUCCUGGCUGGCUUUAAAGCCUCGCCUAGGUGGCAGCAGUGACUCUUCAAUAGAGCUCAUAUGGAUAUCAUUCCACACUCCUCAUGAUUUUGCUUCAAGUAAAGACAAAGCUGUGGAAGCCCACUCUGUUCUAGAAUAGAAGCAAGGUCUCUGUGUGAAGACAGGUUCCCAGAAUUCCCCUGAAGGGAAAUAAUUCAGCAAUAGCUACCUGGACAAUUGUCCCUGGCACAGACAUCUCUCAGAGCACAAGAUGCAGGGUUUACCUUGCAGCAGUGAGGAGCUCCAUUGCCCUGGAAGCCACCCUGCUUGACACAACACUGGUCCCCAUAGCAGAGAUGGGGAGCAGAUCCAAAAUCUGCAGAUGCUCCUGCUGAGCAUCCAGCCUAUUCCUCGUAGCACCCUUAGGAGUCAGGAGGAUGAGACACAGGUCUGGCCUGUGGCUGUGUGAACAUUUCUUCUGGAGGACGCUGGAGUUACUAGUCCUCCUCCCAGCGUGACUCCUUCCCAUCUGCCCCACAGUGAUCAGGAUGGGGUAGGGACUGUAGAGCAGCAGGCCCCCAAGAGGGAAGUGGAGCAGUGUUCUCCGCUGUAUACAGACACCGUUUCUACCUGCUCCUACCAGCAGACUUGUGCUGCUGGUGGCUGUUGCCAUGGCUUGUCCUCCCCAUGGCUUGCCUCACUGUGCUGGUAGUUACCCACUGGUGAAGACAGGAGAGGGGGACCAGCUAGCCCCAUGGACACAGCAGGAAUGACUGGGUACACGUCCCUUGCUCUGGGGCUGCGAGUGAACGCAAUACUGUAAAUAGGAGGGGUGUUUUUUGGAAGGAAGCCUCUUUAGCUUCAUUUUCUGUGGGUUCAGCCUAAUAUUUAGGCUUGGGAUGGGUUUACUUUAUUGAGAGAGGUUUGUUAUGACUGUGGCUGUGGGGGGAGUUCCCUCCAGUCCAUCUCCCCCCUGGGGGAGAAGAAUAAACAAAUGUUGAGGUGGAGGAGGAGAGAAAUUAGUUGUACUCGCCCAAACUCAUCUGUGUCAUCUUUCAUGCUUUCAUUUGGGGUGUAGGGAGGGAACCGAGAGGAGGAGGAUGCUAUAAAUAACCAGCCCUGAGCACAAAAAUGUGUUGUACCUUUUGGAUGGAACUUUCCAGCGCCUGUCCCCUCUGGGUGAGGGACCAGGCACAUAGGGAGAGGUAUGGAAAAUAUGUGGGGGGUCUACCUGAGGCUCUGUUUUAGGGUGUGGCGCAGGAGCAUCUUACAUACCCUGUUCCCAUCAGAGUUACGUAGAUGACUAAACACCAUUUGGGGCUGACUAAUGAGCAAGGUUUUCUUUAUCCUCUUUGGCUUGCUUCCUUCAUGUAACCAGCUGAUGGUCUCAGAUGGGCUUGAAGCAGGUAUGAGCUUCCCCCUCAGAGCCAGGUGGCUUCAUCCUGGGUUACUACCCAUCUCUCUGUCCCUCUCCUCCUUGCUUUGCAUUGUAGGAAAGGCAUUUGUGUGGCAGAGGACACUACAACAGUAGAUACUCAGACAACUUCUUGCUUUUGCUCAUGGCAGAAGACAUACUGCUCCUUGGGUUGAUGUGCUUUCAGCCUUUGCAGUGGAGGGUUGGUGGUGACAGACCUGGGGGGGGGAGUCUCCUUGUUUGCAUGUAACUCUUUAAAAUGCAAAAUGCAAUUUCCAAUGGCAUUUGGCUUGUUCUGCAGCUGAUGAGACAUACAGACCUACCCAAAGGGCUGGUUAUCUUAUCUUAGGCGCUUCUGAUAAGGUGCUGCCUAUUUCUGGUUAUCAUAGGCAAGACCUGAACAGCUGGCUAGAACAUGUCUAUUAUAUUCUAAAUGUGGGUGAUAUCAGCCCCACUCUACAGAUUAGGAGGUCAGAGGGAAGGCUGUAUAAGCAAAAUCAUAAGGAAGCUUUCUUCUCCCUCUGCCAUUUGUCCAGAUUACAGAGGAUUACUAUCCCCUGUUGGGAACAAUGUCCCCUUGAUGUCUUCUUAUCUUACAAAGCCCCCAAGUAAGGGAGUGCCUUGUGGAAGCAGAGGCUCUGAAGGGCAAAGGGAUGAUGAAAUUUUGCCCCAGUUCUAUCUGUGGCUUCAGCCUCCUGACCUGUCCCCAUCCCUGGCUCACCCAUAUCCUAACCACCACCCUGUUCAUCACCUCAUCACACACACCCUUCCUCGCCAUAUUCCUGGCAGUUCUGACAGGGAAGGAGGUGUCUUUGUCUCUGCUCCCUCGCAAGCACUUGGGAGGACCUGGGAAAGCAGCAUUGCAGAGUGGUUCCCACAGGAGUCUCAGCUCCAGUCCCCAGAGCAGGUACAAGGCAAGGAGCCCAGUGAGGCCACCUCAUGCAGCAAGUUCAAACCAUCCAUCCAGACAACUCCCUGCUGCCUGUGUGGCAUUUGUAACACCACCUGGGCUGCCCGGCCACUUCCCCUGCCACAUUACUGCCUGUGUAUAGUAUAUAUAUUAUAUAUAUAUAUUUAAAGAGAUGUACGUAUAUAUGAUGACUCAUGGAUGGCCUGCCGCAUACAGGAUCCUCUUGAGUGGUCUUGUCUAAGCCCGAGUGUCCCUUCACCCCUCCUCCCUGUUCCCCUGCCCCUGUCUGUUCCGAAAUCCAACUACAGCGAACCCCGCCACCUCGGCACCUGUGUUUACAAUGUCCUAUAUAUUUGUGGUUAACAAAGUGAAGGUGGUAACUACUGGUGUCUCAAUAAAGUUAUGAUGUUCAAAAUAACCAAACUAUAUGGAAAAAAAA